GGCACCACUGCAAUCGAGUCAGCUUUUGAUACGACUAGUCCAAUAUACGUUCGUUGCAGUGCGAAAACUCGAAAACUCUUUAUUGUCCAACUAACUGUCAUUAUAAAUUAGGUGAAAUCGUUAAUUAAAUUAAGUAAAAACUAACAACUUCAAUAAAACGAUGGCUGAUUCUAAGAGCGAGGAUUUGGCUACCGCUAUCCUGAAGCGUAAGGACCGACCAAAUCGUUUGAUUGUUGAUGAAGCCACCAAUGACGACAAUUCGGUGGUCUCUCUUUCGCAGGCGAAAAUGGACGAGUUGCAGUUAUUCAGAGGAGACACCGUUAUAUUGAAGGGAAAGCGCCGCAAGGAGACUGUGUGUAUUGUGCUUUCGGAUGAAAGCUGUCCCGACAGCAAAAUCCGCAUGAAUCGUGUCGUCCGUAACAAUUUAUGUGUUCAUCUUUCGGAUGUAGUCUCAAUUCAUCCUUGCCCGGAUGUGAAAUACGGCAAACGAGUACGUAUUUUGCCCAUUGAUGAUACUACAGAGGGCAUUACUGGAAACUUGUUUGAGAUUUACUUGAAGCCGUACUUUUUGGAGGCUUAUAGGCCCAUUCAUAUGGGCGAUAUUUUCAUCGUACGAGCUGCUUUGAGGCCCAUAGAGUUCAAGGUGGUUUUGACUGACCCCGAGCCGUACUGUAUAGUCGCACCCGAGACUGUAAUAUUUUGCGAUGGUGACCCUAUUAAGAGAGAGGAAGAGGAGGAGUCUCUCAAUACCGUUGGAUAUGAUGACAUUGGCGGUUGCAGAAAGCAGUUGGCCCAAAUUAAGGAGAUGGUUGAGUUGCCUUUGCGUCAUCCAUCUCUUUUUAAGGCCAUUGGUGUGAAGCCUCCUCGUGGUAUUCUUAUGUAUGGCCCACCCGGUACUGGUAAAACAUUGAUCGCUAGAGCCGUGGCCAAUGAGACAGGAGCUUUCUUCUUUUUGAUUAAUGGUCCCGAAAUUAUGUCGAAAUUGGCCGGCGAAUCAGAGUCCAAUUUACGCAAAGCCUUUGAAGAGGCUGAAAAGAAUUCCCCAGCUAUUAUUUUCAUUGAUGAAAUUGAUGCCAUCGCUCCAAAGCGUGACAAGACGCAUGGUGAAGUGGAAAGACGUAUAGUCUCGCAAUUGUUGACUUUAAUGGAUGGCAUGAAGAAGAGCUCUCAUUUGAUUGUAAUGGCUGCUACAAACCGGCCCAAUUCCAUUGAUCCUGCAUUGCGACGUUUCGGUCGCUUUGAUCGUGAAAUCGAUAUUGGUAUUCCCGAUGCAACUGGCCGUUUGGAAGUUUUGCGUAUCCACACAAAGAAUAUGAAGUUGGCUGACGAUGUGGAUCUGGAACAAAUUGCCUCUGAGACCCAUGGUCAUGUUGGUGCUGAUUUAGCGUCGCUUUGUUCCGAAGCUGCUAUGCAACAAAUCCGUGAAAAAAUGGAUCUUAUCGAUUUGGAGGAUGACAAAAUCGAUGCUGAGGUAUUGGCUUCUUUAGCUGUAACAAUGGAAAACUUCCGCUACGCUAUGACAAAAUCGAGCCCUUCGGCUUUACGCGAAACAGUUGUGGAAAUACCCAAUACAACAUGGACAGAUAUUGGUGGCUUAGAAAACGUCAAAAAAGAGUUGCAAGAGUUGGUGCAAUAUCCGGUUGAGCAUCCAGAUAAAUUCUUGAAGUUCGGUAUGCAACCAAGCCGUGGUGUUCUUUUCUACGGUCCACCCGGUUGUGGUAAGACUCUAUUGGCUAAAGCUAUAGCCAACGAAUGCCAAGCCAACUUCAUUUCCGUCAAGGGCCCAGAACUCUUAACCAUGUGGUUUGGCGAAUCGGAAGCUAAUGUCCGUGACAUUUUCGAUAAGGCUCGCUCGGCUGCGCCUUGCGUUCUCUUCUUCGAUGAAUUGGACUCAAUUGCCAAAGCCCGUGGUGGAAAUGUCGGCGAUGCUGGGGGUGCUGCCGACCGUGUAAUCAAUCAGAUUCUGACUGAAAUGGAUGGCAUGGGUGCCAAAAAGAAUGUCUUCAUUAUUGGUGCUACCAAUCGUCCUGACAUUAUUGACCCAGCUAUCUUGCGUCCUGGACGCUUGGAUCAACUCAUUUAUAUUCCACUUCCCGAUGAUAAAUCGCGUGAAGCAAUCCUCAAAGCAAACCUUAGGAAAUCUCCAUUGGCUAAAGAUGUAGAUCUCUCAUAUAUCGCUAAAGUCACACAGGGAUUCUCGGGUGCAGAUUUGACUGAAAUCUGCCAACGUGCUUGUAAAUUGGCCAUCCGCCAGGCCAUUGAAGCAGAGAUUAGACGCGAGAAGGAACGUGGCGAAAACCAAACUUCAGCCAUGGAUAUGGAUGAGGAAGAUCCGGUUCCAGAAAUUAUACGUGCCCACUUUGAAGAGGCUAUGCGCUUUGCUCGUCGUUCCGUAUCGGACAAUGAUAUCCGAAAAUAUGAAAUGUUUGCCCAAACAUUACAACAGUCUAGAGGAUUCGGACAAAACUUUAGAUUCCCUGGAGGCUCCAGCAAUACACAGGGUUCUGGACCUAACGCUCCGGCGAAUCCUCCAGGUGACAACGGCGAUGAUGAUUUAUACAGUUAGAUUUUUAGUUUUAAUUCCUUUUUUAUAAAACAAACAUUUAUUACAAAUCGGAGAAAAUAAACAUACAAUCCACAUUCAA